AUGAACAAUGCUGCCACGAUAGCAUGGCGGGCUCCAUGUCGAUGGAUCCAUGCUCAUCCACGGCCGUCCUCUGUCAGAUCCUCCCUGCUAGACCAGCUGCGUCUCCUAUACACGCCGUCAACACGGCCGCGAGGCGCAAUACGAUGUCUGUCCAGCAAGACGCCGACCUCACGGAAUGCCGGCCAGCGAGUUCCUGGCCCCCAGGCUCGUGGAAAUGCAGCUCUAUUCCCUGAGCGCGACCUACCAGCUCCCCAGAUUGCUCAGAUAUUCGGAACAGCUGCCAUACCUGCGAAACUGGGUAACCAGCUCCUCCGAGCUUUGCAGGAACAGCGAGUAUCGGGCACCCUUGACCUGCCGCUACCAGCUGAGAUCACCCGUGUUGCUCCACCGCAUAUCAUAAGUGCUGGUCUGGUGUGGUUACGGACUAAGCACCCCAUGGACGAAGAUGCCGCUAUCAUGGCGAGAAUCGAAAGGGAGGAGCGGGAGGAGGAAGAGCAGCUGAUACGCCGGGCGGAGGAACUGGGAUUGUACAAGCCACAGAGCGGGAAGUUUGGCUCUAGCACCACCAAGGAAGGAGAUGUGUACGGGAGCAGUGUACUGGAGGAAGUCAGGAAUAAGAAUAUAAAAGAGAGCAAGAAAACGGAAGAGAAAAAGAGACAAGAGUGGCUCGAUGGUGAAGCAAAGCGGAUAGAACAGCUUCAGGCCCAGGCAGAGAAACUCAAGGGUAUACAGAAGUACGAGCCACAGGCGCUCACAGAGGCACAUCCACGAGCAGAUCCCACACAACGACCAGCACUGGCUUGGAUUCAACAAAAGCAUGUCAAAGCAACUUCAACAACCGAUGCUUCAAAGCUUACAACAACCGGCCGUCUCUUACCAUCCCUUGCUGUCGUCGCUCUGACUCUGGGGCUUUCCUACUACUUCUCUGAAUCGUACGAAGCUCCUCUCAAUAGCCAACGAAUGUGGCCGGAUAUAAAUCUUGCCGCAGCUACAUUGACGGCCAUAGUCGGCUUGAACGUAGGAGUGUUUCUGCUCUGGAAAUUCCCUCCGGCCUGGAGACUGCUGAACAAGUAUUUCAUCAACGUCCCGUAUUAUCCGCAUGCUGCAAGUGUGGUUGGAAGCGUCUUCAGUCACCAGCAGCUUCGUCACCUAGGCUCGAACAUGUUCAUACUAUGGUUCGUUGGCAAGAAGCUACACGAUGACAUUGGCAGAGGGGAUUUCAUUGCCGUCUACCUAUCUGCCGGCGCAUUUGCGACGUUCUCCUCCUUCGCCAUCCGAGUGCUAUCAAAUACCCUGACCGUCUCAUCCCUAGGAGCAAGUGGUGCCAUAUCUGGUGUCGUCGCAAUGUGGUGUAUCCUUCACUCAAAUGAGAGGCUCACAAUUGCAUUCCUACCGCGCGAAUGGCAGGAGAAGAUAUCUGCUUCGGGAUCGACAUUCCUGUGUGCCAUAAUACUUGGAGAGCUGCUGAAUUUCAUACCGGCCUUCCGCUUCUUUGCGGUAGACUUGUGGUCUCACCUGGCUGGGUACGGAGCUGGUAUCAUACUUGGGCUAUUGUGGAAGGAGAAGAAAGAGCGUGAGCGGAGGAGAAAUCCUCCUAGCUGGCUGAAGUCGUUUGGACUCUGA